UACAUUUAUUUUUGAAUAUCCGGUUUGGGCUUCCGGUUUCUCUUUCGAUUUGGUUUUUGAUAUCACGGUGACUUGACUUAUGCGGAUGCCUUAUAAAACUCCUUACCCUAACGUUUGAAAUCCAUAUCAAAGAUUAUCUUACAUGUUACCAUGACAACUUUAGAAGCCUUGAUUUCAUCCAUGAAAUGCCCACCUAUUGUUUUGUCAAACAAGAUUUCUGAUUGGCCAGCAAGAAAGUGGACACCAAAUUAUUUAGCCAGUGAAUUGACAAAUCAAAGAUACAAAUGUAAAAUUGCUCCAAAGGAUGAAAAUGUUUUGUGGGAAACAGAAUGUGUCCAUGAGGAGGUAACUCUACAGCAGUUUGUGGAAUGGGAUUUAGGAAAGCCAGACCAAAAUAAUCCAUUAUUUCCUUACAAUAAAUCAGAUAUCACCUGUUACAUAGACUACAAAUACAUGAAAGAUUUGUUUAUUGAGAAAACAGAUCACCUGAAAGCAGUUGAUUGGAGUGUUUUUGGGUUAGACAACAGAGAUGGACAUGCCAGUACUAUAUGGAUUGGAAGUGAAGGCUGUUACACUAAUUGUCAUUAUGAUACAUACGGUUUCAAUUUGGUCGCUCAGAUUUGUGGUAGAAAGAGAUGGACUUUAUUUCCACCAUCAGAUACCAAGUCUAUGUAUCCAACAAGGAUUCCUUAUGAAGAGUCUAGUGUUUUUAGUCAGGUCAAUGUGAAAAAGCCAGAUACCACUACUUUCCAUCUUUUCAAGAAUUCUCAUCCCCAUGUGGUGAUUUUAGAACCAGGCGAUGUAUUAUAUGUACCUAGACAUUGGUGGCACUUUGUUGAGAGUUUAGAGACAUCUAUCAGUAUAAAUACAUGGGUGGAAAUGGAUGAAGACAAAGAAAGUCAUGUGACAGAAGCUAUAUCAAGAGUAUUGUUUGGAUGUAUGAUGGACAUUAAAAUAGGGUCAGUGGGAACAAAUACUGACUGGAUUAAUCCAGGAGAGGAAGUCCAUGGUCAUGAUGUUAAUUUCAGAUAUCUUCAGAAGGCUGUUGAUUCAUAUAAGAAAGCAAAAGAUAAAAACAAUCUGUCUAGCAAUUUAAAUAAAUUUGCAUCCCAUAUAGGAAAGUAUUGUGAUUUAAAAGUUUCAACCAAUGAAACAGCAGCUAUUCCAAGUAGAAAUAAGUUAUUUUUUCAAGAUGCUGUUGACAGUGGAAAUAAUAAAGAAACUGACCAGAGUUUGAAAAGAAAAGUCGGUACCAGUCCUAGAAAUGAGCAUAAAAUACAACGGAAAGAUUUCGAAACUGAAAACUUGAAUGCUGAUAUGGAAAAUUACCAUGAAUGCCUUCACCACAAUAUCUUAUCAUUUAAUUCUAAUUUAAAAGUGCUGGAACCAAUGUCAUAUGAUUUGUAUGUAAAGGAGGUCAUUUGCAGUUAUCAUUCUGAACAGGAGACAAUGUAUGAUUCUGACAUUGAUCUACCAGAAUUUACGAAAAAUACAUCACAAGAAUUAUUAAAUAAUUGUCAGCAAUGUCAAUUAUCAUGUGACAGAACUGAAUUAGAAACUGCUCAACAGUGUCAGACAUGUAACAUGAAAACAUCAGCUUCAAUACAAUUUUCACAACAGAAAAUUGACUGUGAUGACAAUUUAACAGUUGAACAUUUUUCUAAAAUUUUAUUGCAUCCUGAUGUUAUUAAGAAAGUUAAAGAGUUAAUAACAGAACCCUUUGACAUGCUAAGAUAACAAACAUUUUUAAAUACUUUCAUGUUUUCAAUUCAAUUCCUUAUAAAAGACACUCUGUUUAUGUAUAGGAAUCAUUGGCCUUUAUUAUUGCCAAACACUCAAUACAUUAUAUGUCUAUGGUCAAACA